UUUAUAUCCUACUUAUUGAUGAAGCGGUAAGAACCACAGGUAUUGGGCCAAGUUCCUCGACUCUGUUGAGUCUACUCCGAAUAACCAGCCUUGAAAUCUCAACUACUCCUUGCCAUUACAGAGUCACUUGACUGGUGUAAACCUGUCCCAUUAUGGUGUCUUGAAGAUAUCUCAGUGAUUACAGAGAGUGCAGAAGAAUCAUGGGCGUCUGUAUCCAAUAAAGAGACUAUUCAUUUUUCUACGAUGCGAGAGUACCUACUCGAGUAGCACAGUGAAUGGCGGGUGGAAAUUUCGUCCGACAUGAGAAGUCUUCACUCUUAUGGGAAAACCACCGCAUCACGAACUCUUAACUCACUUUUCAAGGACCGCCAGCAUCGAUUCACUUCAAUGUCUUUGAGCCUCUAUAUAAACAAUCUUAAAGCAAUAGAACCGACUCCUUCCUCCCUCUUAAAAUCAUCACCAAGAACGUUACAGAUUUUCCAAGCAAACAAAGCAUCACAAGCAAAAAGGAAUACACAACAUCAGCCAUCAAGACCACAAACCACAACCCUAGAACUCAACACAAUGUCCAGAAGCGGCCGCAGCUCCAACAACGGGGACACACCCCCACGCCGUCUCUCCCCAGGAAACAUGAACGGCUUCUCCGUCCUAGACGCAUACUGGCACAUGAACCAGAACGCCGCCCGCAACAACGCAGCUUUUACCGGCAACGCCAACAACGGCGCAGGCUUCUCUGGGCCGACCCACGGCGGCGGUCCUAGUAUCAACGGUGGCUCAACUAACAUCCCCUUUCGCACCUCCCACAACGGCAUGAACGGGACCAACGGGAACAGACAGCAGAACCCCUUGACUCCGAUGCGUCCUGCUCCUCGUAGUCCGCCGUUCACCCACGCUGGUAUUGGCCGGGGCUCUCCUGGCCCUAAUCUGAACGGCGCAGGCUACGCUAGGGGUGGCCCCUCGGAUGGCGGCGGAUCAGCAUUCAUGUCUGGUGCCGCCGGUCGAGGUCCCCGUGCCAGCGAUGCGUACCGCAACAGUCCCGCGGCUCCAUUUGGUGUGCCGGGCGGCUAUGGACGGGGUGGUGGUGGUUCUCCUAACCAGAACGGUAUGACCAACGGCUAUACCAACGGUUAUCGCUCCGAUGAUGAGAGCUCUAAUGGUAGCCCUACCCGUAGUCCCAAUGGCCAGGGCCGUGGAGGUGGUGGCGGAUACGGUGGAGGAGAUGGUCCCUAUGGACCAUACGGCCGCGGUGGCGGUGGCGGUGGUGUUGGCGGCGGCCGGGGUGGUCCCUCCCACUAGACCUUAGUAACGGCAUGAGCUUCUCCUGCUUGGGUCCGAGAGCCUAAGACGGGGUUCUUAUUAGUGAUAUAGAAAAGGGGUAAAAUCAACGACUCCUUCCAGCAGAUGGUUCGCAUUAGCAGGCAGGCUACUUUGCGAGACCAUAGACAGUCUAGCCGAAUAAAAGUAAAUCCAUAAACAUAAAC